UUUGCGGCUUGGCUGCUGAGCGGCUUCUGGGCCUGAGGUGGGUACAGGCGUCGCCCGGAGGGGUCCCGACGCCAGGCUGCUGUCGGCCGCGGCGGUUCCGGACCUCGGAGGCUCGGCACCGGGGAAUCCCCGAGCCUGGGAGAUCUGCCUUCUGGAGGCUGCACCCAUCCUUAGAGGAAGAGGACAUGGCUACUGAGCAAAGGACUCAGGUGUCACUGACAUUUGAGGAUGUGGCUGUGCUCUUUACUCGGGAUGAGUGGAGAAAGCUGGAUCCUUCUCAGAGGAACUUGUACCGGGAUGUGAUGCUGGAGAACUAUAGUAACCUGGCCUCACUGGGACUCCAGUUUGCCAAACCGAGAGUGAUCUCCCUGUUGCAGCGAGGAGAAGAUCCCUGGAAGGUAGAGAAAGAAAGUCCCGCAGGUUCCUCUCUAGGAUCGAAGAACAGUCAUAACAUCACAAAGUCAAGUCAGACACAAGACUCUUCAUUUCAGAGACCAAUAAGGAAAAGAUACAAAGGGAAUGGACCAUGGGACUUGAAAUCAGAAGAAACUUGCCUAUAUGAAGGCAGACUAGAGAAGAAGCAUAACAAAAAGGAAAGUUUUCGUAUAGUUUCAGUCACCCACAAAAAAAUCCUCACUGUAGAUAGAAGCCAUAAAAAUAUUGAAUUUAACAAAACCUUUAGCCCAAAGUCAGUUCUUGUUAGGCAACAGAUAGUUCCCAGAGAAGAAACACCACGAAAAUGUGAAAUACAAGGAAACAGCUUCAAACAGAAUUCACAUUUAGUUAGUCAACCAAAAAUGACAGCAGAGAAACGAUAUAAAUGUAGUAUGUGUGAGAAAACCUUUAUUAAUACUUCAUCCCUUCGUAAGCAUGAGAAAAACCAUAGUGGAGAAAAAUUAUUUAAAUGUAAAGACUGUUCGAAAGCCUUUAGCCAAAGUUCAGCUCUUAUUCAACAUCAAAUAACUCAUACUGGAGAGAAACCAUAUGUUUGUAAACAAUGUGGGAAAGCCUUCACUCUUAGUACAUCCCUUUAUAAACAUCUAAGAACCCAUACUGUAGAGAAAUCCUAUAGAUGUAAAGAAUGUGGUAAAUCCUUCAGCCGAAGGUCAGGCCUCUUUAUACAUCAAAAAAUCCAUGCUGGAGAAAAUCCUUACAAAUAUAACCCAGGUAGGAAGUCAUCUAGUUGUAGCACAUCCCUUCCUGGAUGUCAAAGAAUUCAUUCCAGAAAGAAGUCCUAUUUGUGUAAUGAAUGUGGCAACAGCUUUAAGUCUAGCUCAUCCCUUCGUUAUCAUCAGAGAAUUCACACUGGAGAGAAACCUUUUAAAUGUAGUGAAUGUGGGAGAGCCUUCAGUCAGAGUGCAUCUCUUAUUCAACAUGAAAGAAUUCACACUGGAGAAAAGCCCUAUAGAUGUAAUGAAUGUGGAAAAGGCUUCACUUCUAUUUCACGACUUAAUAGACAUCGAAUAAUUCAUACUGGGGAGAAGUUUUAUAAUUGUAAUGAAUGUGGCAAAGCCUUAAGUUCCCAUUCAACACUUAUUAUUCAUGAGAGAAUUCAUACUGGAGAGAAACCCUGUAAAUGUAAAGUAUGUGGAAAAGCUUUCAGACAAAGUUCAGCUCUCAUUCAGCAUCAGAGAAUGCAUACUGGAGAAAGACCUUAUAAAUGUAAUGAGUGUGGGAAAACAUUCAGGUGUAACUCAUCCCUUAGUAAUCAUCAAAGAAUUCAUACUGGAGAGAAACCAUAUCGAUGUGGGGAAUGUGGGAUAUCUUUUGGCCAAAGUUCAGCUCUUAUUCAGCAUCGAAGGAUUCAUACAGGAGAGAAACCCUUUAAAUGUAAUACAUGUGGGAAAACUUUUAGACAAAGCUCAUCACGUAUUGCACAUCAGAGAAUUCAUACUGGGGAGAAACCCUAUGAAUGUAACACAUGUGGGAAACUUUUCAACCACAGGUCGUCACUUACUAAUCAUUAUAAAAUUCAUAUUGAAGAGGACCCCUAGAAAGUAGAUUUGCAUGUAUGAAAGCCUUAAACCAAAGCUCAUCAGAGAAGACAUACUUAAGAGUGAUGUAACAAAUGUACUAGAUAUGAAAAAAAUCCUAUAAUUUAGUUAUCAGAUAUUAAAUUCCAUGGGUAAUCCUUGACUGUGUAAUAGAAAUGAAAGUAUUUGUGCCUGUCAGACACUUCUAAAAAUAAUCUGAGAUGAAGAAUUCACAACAGGAGACAUUGACUUUGGGCAUUUGUAAAGUAAAAUGUGUUUGUUUUUCCUCUUUCUACAGCAGUGUAUGUUAGAUACCAUGUGAUCAUCAUAAACAUCUCUGAGUGGUGAGGUGUGCUUUGGAUUUCUCCUUAGGAAAACAACAAACCACUGCUCAUUUUUCAUAGCUAACAUUUAAUAGCAUAUGAAAUAAUUGAUCAAAGAAACUAUACAUUUUUAGAUUAAAGGACCAAAAUAAAAGAUAAAAAUGAACUGCAAACUACCUCUCAGUCUCUGGGGUUGGUCCUUUUCCUGACCUGAUGUCAAACUGUGCAUGGAUUUCAUUAAA